UCUACCACAAGAUUUCUUUUCUUUGCGACUUCUGCUUCAAUUGUGUAAAAGGGGGAAAUAGGUGAACGGGAGUAUUGAUUGAUUGAUUGAUUGAUUGAAAUUGUCAAAUUUAUACAAACAUAAAAAUAUCAAUCUGCAACAACCCGCAUACUACCAAUGAAGACAACUCCGAAAACGAAUACCGCAUCUUUCGUGGCUUACUCCUGUUCUUAGUCCGAUACUGGACGGCAACAGCAGAUCCUGAACGGGAUCAGAUCAAAGGGGGAGAAAGAAUUAAGAAGGAGGGAAAAAAGAGACAGGAACAAGACAAGAUGGUCGACCCAGAUAACCUCCGCACGGCAUCGCUGUAUAUCAAUAAUCAGCUCCUAUCACGCGGCCUUCUUCGUGAUGGCCACAAUAUCAACUUUGCAGAUCCGGAGUUCGGUGAUGGAGGAGUGCAAGGCACGAUGAGCAAGGUCAUGAGCGUUAUCAAUGACCUCAUCCUAAGGCGCGACCGCGAUGCUGAGAGCCGAGAGUCGUUAUCUACAGCCCUUCGGACACUACGGGCUGAUUCGCAGCGGCAAACGACCGAACUCGCACGACAAACGGAAAAACUAUCCGACGCUCAACGAAGGCUUGAUUCUGCAGAAGCUACAGAGCGUGCCCUCCGUACCCAGCUCAAGAUUACGGAUCAGAACAUCCACCGCCUUAAAGACGAAGCCAUCAAGAUGAAGACUAUCGUGGCACAGGCGCGCGCUGCAUGUGCUAAUGAAAUCCGUAAACGAGACCGCCAGAUCGACGGCCUGAAGAAGGCCGUGGCAGAUGCUGGUAGAGUAAGAGGCGGCGGCAAGAGCAGGGAUGUCCUAUACAUCACCGUGGUAGGGGAAGUCGGCGGCGAGGAGCGUGGAGUGCCUGCUGGUGCAACAGAGGCUGAAGGUUACAGCUUACGCUUAGAGACAAACGAAUUCCUCACACAACUAGCAAGAGGUCUUAGCGAGGAAAACGAAGGGCUACUCGCCCUGGUUAGACGUGUAGUCGACAGGCUGCGCGAGAUGAGUGGGCUAGAACGUGGUUCGGAGAAUCUGAAUGGAACCGCAUUUGACUAUCGCUCAGACAAUAAUAACGCGGAUGUACUGGUAAUGGCAUCUCAAAAGAGCGCCGAUGAGCUCGCAUCAGAGUUGGAAGAGAUCAUGGAGCAUCUCAGGACGAUAUUAACGAAUCCUUCCUUCGUGCCGAUCGAAGAGGUUGAGAUACGCGAGGAGGCUAUCACUCGCCUACGCGCCGGUCUAGAAACAAUGGAGUCCCGCUGGAAGGACGCAGUCCAUAUGAUUGACGGUUGGCGGAAACGAAUGGUGUCAAGCGGCAAGUCAGUCGACAUGGAAGACCUGCAGAUGAGCCUCCGACUUAGUCCCGUUAGGGUCAGGGACGUCGAGGAGACAGCAGAUAUCGUACCUCUGAGACUCUCCUGUGUCCAGGAGGAGGAAGGAGAAGAGGAAGAAGAACAAGAACAAGAACAAGAAGAGGAAGAGGAAGAGUAUGGUGAAGAAGACAGUCUCGAAGCACAGGAAGAAAUUCAAGAGGACCCACGGCAGUUAAGGUCUCCAAGCCCGAUCGAGUCGCUACAUCUAAUCCCGACACAAGGAUGCCGAGUCGCAGAGAAUGAAGAAAACGAUUCCGACUCGGGUUCUAGCAGCAUCUUCCAGGAUGAUAUAGACAUAGACGAGCUGGACGCCGAGGAACCAAACGUCCAAGUCCUUCAGGAAUCUACAUAUGCGAACUCGAUGGAUUCGCCUCCUCUCCCUAUGCCACCCCAACUAAGCCCACUCAAGGACUCAUAUUCGGCAGGCAAUAAAGGGUACUCCGAACGUGAUUUUGCGUAUCGCAAGCAUGCAGAUUUCACGACCAUUAUAGAAGAAAACACAUGGGAAUUGGCAGAGGAGGAGGAGGAAGAGGAAGAGCAAGGGCCGCCUCCGCCACCACAUGCCACCAAACCCCAGUCUCCUAGGUCUCCCAAGUCUCCGCAUCAGCAGAAGAAGUCAGUAUCAUACAAAAACUCCCCGCCAUGGCAAGACCAAUCUCGACCUAGCUCAACCGCCUCAUAUGAGAGUCCCCUGUUCGGUAAAUCCGGAGAGAGACCGUCACAGUCUGAUCCUUCCCGCAAACUAUUUUCGAAGCCCACCCCGAAUCUAGGGAAGCAAUUAUACACCAAAUCUCAGCCAGAGCCGGGUGGCGCAAACUUUCAGGCUUCUAAUAAGUCAUCGAAGAGGCCAACUUCAUCGCCAGACCCAUUAGCAGCAGAUAUAAAACGAACCAACUCGGAUCCUAUCAACCCGCCGUCGCGUCAGCAGCCCUCGUCGAAAUCUAUUCGUCAAGUACCUGCUACGACACAGUCGCAACCCUUAUCCUCAUCUUCUUCCGCCUCUUCCUUGAAAUCUGCGGCCAACAUAACGGAACGACCGCAACAACCCACUGUUGCACGCCCACGCUCGCCAGUUCGUAGUAACCAAGCUACCAAUACUACUACGAAUACGUCCUCACGCCUUCCUCGACCUAAUAGCACCAAUCCGCCUGCGCAACAGAGCCCCCUAACUAUGGCCACCAUCGCCGCGAAGCUAGCGGCCUCAGAACGCGAAGCCGAUGCUGCUCGUGUUAGGGCUAAGCUGAGGGCCGUCCGGUCUGGAGGUCAGAGACGGAACCCGGCUCUCCGGGCUCCUGCUACAGUCGCUCCCGGGUCGCCUCCCCGGGAAACAAAAGCCAACAAAGUUGAAGCUAAGCAAGAGGAAAACGACCUUGCCUCAGUAGACCCCGUCAAGAAGGACAAGGACUUAGCUCAACCUCGUUCCCGAGGUGGGACGCCGGCACGAAGACUAAACCCUACAGCAGAAGUCGAUGAAGUUGACGAGCUGGCGGGAUCAGUUAGAACUCGAGACAAGGAGCAGAACAAUGGUAGCAGCCCACUCAAAUCCACCAGCGGUAGCCCUCUCAAACUUGUAAAGCGAAGACGCGACCGAAGCGAGCGCCAUACGAGUAAAGUCGCGUCUCGCCGACGGAGCACGCUAAGUCCCUGGGAGUUGGAUGCUCUCAUUCAGGGGUCAGGUGCCGGGGUGGACUGUAACUAAAUAAAAACGACUACACGAUAUCUACCCCAACCUACUUUAUAACGACCUAUAUGUAUCAAAGUAUGAUGAUAUAGGUAGCAUGAGGUCUGCUAGAAAGCCCAACAUUG